GUGACUUUUAGAUAUUUAAAUUUAACAACAGGAUUAAGUUUACAAUUCAGAAGUUUGAUUGAGAUUGAGAAAUCAAGAUUCACCGAUGAAGAUAAUUUUUGUUGCAUUUUAACUUUAACAAGAAAUAUUAUCCAGUUAUGGGCACUUUGGAAUUAAAACAAAGCCUUACCGGACACAGGGGGAGAGUGUGGAAUGUCUGUUGGCAUCCGCUUGGCAGUUGUGUCGCGUCUUGUGGCGAAGAUAAAACAAUCAGGAUCUGGGCCCCGAAGGGCAGCCAGUGGGUCAUAAAGACAAUUUUAACCGAAGGCCAUACGAGAACAAUAAGGGAGAUUGCAUGGUCCCCUUGCGGAAAUUACAUAGCCUCAGUGAGUUUCGACGCAACCAUUGCGAUCUGGGAUAAAAAAUCAGGCCAAUUUGAAUGUACCGCGACUUUAGAAGGUCAUGAAAAUGAAGUUAAGAGUGUCAGUUGGUCGGCGAGUGGACAACUAUUGGCAUCAUGCAGUCGUGACAAAUCCGUUUGGGUCUGGGAAGUCAAUGACGACGAGUACGAAUGCGCCGCUGUUAUAAAUGCACAUUCCCAAGAUGUUAAGAAGGUCAGAUGGCAUCCGACGAGUGACAUUUUAGCUUCGGCGAGUUACGACAAUACAAUAAAAAUUUUCAAAGAGGACACUGCAGAUUCCGAUUGGAUUUGCGUAGCGACACUAUCGUCGCACACAUCAACAGUGUGGAGUCUAACAUUUAACAAGACAGGCGAUCGAAUAGCAAGUUGCAGCGAUGAUAAGACAGUGAAAAUUUGGCAGGAAUAUAAACCGGAAAAUAAUGCGGGCAUUCAAACACCGGACAAUGAACCAGUUUGGAAGUGUGUUUGUACAUUGUCGGGUUUUCAUACCAGGACAAUUUACGACAUUGAUUGGUGCAAAAAUACUGGAUUAAUAGCAACGGCAUGCGGUGAUGAUAUUAUAAGAAUAUUUAAGGAGGACGACGAUUCGGAUCCAAAUCAACCGACAUUUAAUUUAGUUUAUAGUACGGAAAACGCACAUUCACAGGAUGUGAAUUCAGUUCAGUGGAGUCCAACAGAAGUUGGUUAUUUAGCGUCAGCGAGCGAUGAUGGCCAAGUUAAACUCUGGUUUUACAGCGAUUGAUUUUAGUUACUUUUUUAUGUAUUAAAUAGAGAAAAAAAUAUAUUGUCUUAUAUUUUCGAAACAUUCAA